AUGCUCAGAGUCGGCAAGAUGGAACCCAAAAGUCAGAAAAAAUUUCUGCACACUCGAUGGGACGAUUAUGACGCCGAUUGUGAACAAAUCCCACUUCAUGCGGUGGAUGAAGUUGAUGCAUCAUUUCACUCAUUCAACAGUCCAACUUUGACACGUAAAUCAGUUGAUGAAACAGAUGCUACGCCCGAAGAUCUAGACUAUACAUAUUUGGACGGAGCAGUUGCUGUUUUUUCAAUUCUUUCAUUCUUGUUCGAUGUUGGAUCUGAUAUAUUUUGUGCCAUAAUUUAUUAUCGAGCGGGAUUCUGGGGCUAUUUUGGUAUGACAGUAGGAUUUAUUACAGUUCCAUCAUUGACAAUGAGUAUAAUGAGUCUACGUUGGUAUCUUAUGGAUUAUCGACAUCACAAAAAGAAAAGGCCAAAAGUUAAGAUAAUACCAAGGUGGAAAUGGGUUUUACGUGCAAUAUUGUUAAUGCUACAACUGGGACAAAUAUUGAGAUAUAUAGACUCUCUCAUAUUUGGCAUCAAGAGUCGACAUGUAAGUAUCAAUGAGGAAAGACGCAAGAAAAAGUAUUUGUAUAAGCAAAUGCUAUAUGAAGAUGCUGAUGGGACCCUUCUUAGGCUGUUUGAAUGUUUCAUGGAGGCAGCUCCACAGCUGGUUUUACAGCUGUAUAUUCUAACUACUGAAGAUGCAGAUGUUACGGAUACUUUCAUAAUUGUGAUCCAAGUGGCCUCCGUAUUAUCAUCAUUGACGUCUCUAGCCUGGUCUCUAACUGCAUAUCACAAAGCACUACGAUUCACACGAGAUGACAAAAACAAUCUCAGCUAUAUCGCCAUUUUGGAAUGGUACAUCCAACCCUUCCAAAAUGAAGAAAAUACACUUACUGAGGUACCAGCCCAUAAUGGAAUAGAGACAGCUGGGAGUAAGCAUGCUUUGGACAAAAACAGAGGCCCAGGUUACUGUCAGGAAAGGAUUGAUCCUGUAGACUAUUCAGAUUGUAAUUCAGUGCCGGAUACUGUUGUUUAUGGAACGGGCUCCAUUGCUGGAACUUCAGCAUAUGAAAUGGGGAUUGGUAAUCCUGCGAUGGGAAGUCAUGGAUUCGAUUCAAAUUCCAAAGCAAAGAACUUUGGAACUAAGGGACAGAUAGGAAACUGUAACAAAAUUACUUCAGUGUAGAGCAGGAAAUGUAACAGCAUUAUUGUUUUUAAUUUUACUUACUGCAGUGUGUUAUUCUAGUAAAUCAACUAUUUCCAUGAUGUUGCAUAUAAGAAAGUAAACAGAGCCUGUGGUAACAAUAAUGAAUUGUCAUUAUACAUAAGAUAGUAAUUUAAAAAGUAUGGGUGUAUUGUAUGAAGAUUUCAUUAUUUAUAUUCUGCUUUUUAAUACAGAGAGGUUUAAUUUUACAACAAUCGGAUUACAGAUACAUUAAGUUUUCACUUUGUGUAAAGAGCACAGUAUCAAAUAUUUUAGUCUGAAAGCAUUGUACCCAUAUGGAUAAAUUAAAGUACCUAUAUGGACUUGUAGGUAAUGUACUCAUAUGGACAAGUUAAGGUAGCUAUAUGGACGUGUAGAAAUGUACUCAUAUGGACAAGUUAAGGUACCUAUAUGGACUUGUAUGUAAUGUGCCCAUAUGGAUAAGUUAAGGUAAAUAGAUGGACUUGUAUGUAAUAUACCCAUUUGGAUAAGUUAAGGUACAUAUAUGGACUUGUAUGUAAUGUACUCAUAUGGACUUGUAGGUAAUGUACCCAUAUCUAUGGAUAAGUUAAGUUACCUAUAUGGAUUUGUAGGUGAUAUACCCAUAUGGAGAAGUUAAGGUACCUAUAUAGACUUGUAUGUAAUGUACCCAUAUGGAGAAGUUGAGGUACCUAUAUGGACUAGAACUUGUAGGUUAUGUACCCAUAUGGAUAAAUUAAGGUACCUAUAAGGACUUGUAGGUAAUGUACCCAUAUGGAUAAGUUAUUAGGUACCUAUAUGGACUUG